UACUAGCAAACAAAACUAGUGCGCCAUGGAACCUUCACACAGAUGCAGAGCAUGGACAUCGAGCUCACUUCCCCACCACCACCACCACCACCACCACCAUCAUCAUCAUCAUCAUUUUCAUCAUCGCCACUGCCAUCACCGUCACCAUAACUAUCACCAUCACCAUCAUCCCUUGACCUUCUUGCCUCACCAUCCUCACUUGAUCAUCUGCCCUCACCCCCACAUAAAUCAUCAUACCCAUCAUGUAAACGCUACUUUUACUCUUCAUCCACAACAAAAUUCAGAGCCUUCGCAGAACCAUUUCAUCUUGGAGGCGGAGUCUCCCCUUUUUAAACAUACUUCUCAUUAUGAUGCUCAGUCUUGUGUGAUGAAUAGGACGUGGACGUUGCAAGAUGAGGACAACGAAGGUUUAGUAGAAGAGGAAGAGGAAGCAGCUGAGGAACCGGUCUUUGUUCUAACUGCUGAAUGGAGAGAGUUUUUUGCAGCAUCUGAAGCUAAGAGGAAAUUGGCGAAGAAGCAGGCUAAGAAGAAAUAGCAAAAGCCGAGAACAUUCUUGGACGGUCAAUUUUUCAAGUAUGAGAUAAUAUGUGUCAAAUUGUCAAUUAUGCAAAAAAAGAUUUCAUUAGUUAAUUUCUGCAGUAGGUCAUAAGCACCUAUACAUAUGUGCCUAUCUUAUAAUCUUACUUGCUGUAUCAGAUACACGAUAAAUAGAGAAAGACGUUAUAAAUUCUAAAUCAUAAAUGUAUGCUCUUGACACUUGACACAUUUGAAAUGUGUAAUUUGAAAUACUGGAAGCGUGGUUUCCUC